GGGGCGGCUCUUCCUCUGCAAACUUUCCCUUUCCCCUCCCUCGCCGCUUCUUUCUCUCCUCUCCUCCCUGCCCCUCUCGGUUCCCCGACGGCGAUGGCUGAGAGGCCGGGGAGCACCGGGGGACUACCGCAGCCCGCCUGGUCCUUGCCCGGUCCCCGCGGCCGCUCCCAAAGCGACAUCUCCUCCUUCUCCUCCUCCCGGAGAACCUGCCUUCUCCGGUCCAACGUGGGAGGCUCAGUUGAUGGUUUGGAUAAGGCUUCGAUCGCUAACUCGGAUGGACCAGCCCCAGGAUCCCAAACUCCCCCCUUCAAGAGGAAGGGCAAACUCUCCACCAUUGGCAAAAUAUUUAAACCUUGGAAAUGGCGGAAGAAGAAGACUAGCGACAAAUUCAGAGAAACCUCAGCAGUGUUGGAAAGGAAGAUUUCGACAAGACAAAGCAGAGAGGAGCUGAUAAGAAGGGGAGUGCUGAAGGAAAUGCCUGAGCAAGAUGGUGAUGUAACAGUAAAUUUUGAAACUUCAAAUGGACACACCAUAGCCAUUGGUGAAGAAACCAUACAGGAAGAAAAUGUGGUAAAAGCCAGUGGAGAUAACAGUACUUUAUCAGAGAAAGCAUCAGCAUUGGAAGGAAAAAAAGAAGAUCAAAAAGAGAGCACUACUGAUCACUGCCCAGAAAUACCGGCAUCCCAUGCUCCACCACUACCCAAGCCUAAGCCUAAAUCUAAAAAAGCUCCACUACCACCAAAAAAUGCUAUUGCUGCUUCCACCACCACCAGCCAUAAGAGUAACGAAGCACCUCAUGCUAAAAAAAAGGGAAAGGCUCCUGCUAAGCAGCCUCCUCUCCCACCGCCCAAGCCAACAAGUCACAGUGCAAAUCGAGAAGCUGCUAGUUCCUCUCAUGCAAAAAAAACACCAGCCUCCAAGUCCUCUUCAUCACCAUCUCCUUCGUCCACAUCAUCUCAUCCCAAAGCCUCUAAGGAGACCUCCAGCAAAUCAGGCACAUCAGGGACUCCCAGGGGCAAGAAAAAACCCGGGAAACAGUCAGCCCCACGAACAGCGCCAGAUGGGGCUGCUGCUUCCCCCUCAGGUGCCACAGCCAACAGGUUGGAAGCAAAGGCAGAAAAACCCGAGCCUGAGCAACCUUCCAUAGUAAUUUCUGAAAUGGAGGACGCAGACCAACCGAACAAGCUCAUUGUCCCCCCUCCUCCCACCGCUGCCCCCCCGCCACCUCCACUUCCACCUCCCUUUCCUGCCGCAGCUGGUCAGCCCGCUGUCUCCUCAGAUGUCCAAGAUGUGUCAGACGACUGCGUGGCAGGGCCGGCUGGCCCCGGAUCAGAUACUAAACCUCUUCUUCAGACUGAGCAUAGCACGGACGAGAGCCUGAGCAGUACGGCCCUAGGCAGUGGUCCAGAUGCUAGCAGAGAAGACACAAAAAGCUUGGCUACCAAAGAAGACCAAGAAGCGGAGGCACCUGACCAGGCACGCUCUGAACCAGUGGAGGAGGCUUCUGACGCUGCUGCCCCUCCUGAGAGUGAUAGCGGCAGAGAGAGCCACAGCAGCGACUCGGACUCCGAUGGGCCAAUACUAUACACAGAUGAUGAUGACGACGAUGAUGAGGAUGAUAAUGCAAGUGCUGAAAGCUCUUUGGCAAGUAAAAUUCGUCGUAGGGAUACUCUUGCUAUCAAACUUGGCAACAGACCAUCUAAGAAAGAAUUAGAAGACAAAAACAUCUUGCAGCGUACAUCUGAAGAGGAGAGGCAGGAAAUCAGACACCAGAUUGGAACGAAGCUAGUGAGGAGACUUAGCCAGAGGCCUACAACUGAAGAGCUAGAGCAAAGAAAUAUCCUAAAGCAGAAGAAUGAAGAAGAGGAACAGGAAGCCAAAAGAGAAAUAAAACGUAGACUCAGUAGAAAGCUCAGCCUGAGGCCUACAGUGGCUGAACUUCAAGCAAGAAGAAUCCUUCGAUUUAACGAGUACGUGGAGGUCACAGAUUCUCCAGAUUACGACCGUCGUGCUGACAAGCCUUGGGCCAGGUUAACUCCCGCAGACAAGGCAGCAAUACGGAAAGAACUGAAUGAAUUUAAAAGCACAGAAAUGGAAGUACAUGAGGAGAGUCGGCAAUUUACCAGGUUUCAUCGUCCAUAACUGUUUGACCACAUCCCAUAUUUCAUGUAACAGUUUUCUUGGGGACAUCAUUGCGUCCUGAAAACCCAAGAUUGCACUGGAACUGGACUGAGUAUGAGUGUGUGCUACAGCUUACCCUGAGGCUAAUGAAGGAUGUGGCCCUCGUUUUUAUCAAUGGACAAAUGAUUUGUCUAGGAGGAGAAUCCACAUGAAGUGUUUGUCAUUGUUAAGACAGACCACGGACGGUUCUGUGGCUUGCCCGCACAGACAGAGUCGGUGGACUUCUUCAUCGGAGCUCCGCAAGUCAGGAAGAGCUGAAGACAAUCGCUUGAGAGCCUGUUACCAGGAACUCAUCAGACUUCGUAGGGUUGCGGCUGAGGGUAGCUGAGAGGGAGCUGUGUGAAAAGGGCUGAGAGCGUGGGGGAAGAGACUUCGCUUGCCAGUCCACAGAGAAAAGUGGAAUGGAUGGGACUGCGUAACAAUGCACUUGGCCAGUGGGAGGAAUUAUUUUUUAAAAAAACUGAGAGUGUGAGCAACUGUGCAUGUUUGGUUUUUUUUUUAAUGGCCACAGCCUGUCUUAGAAAGACAGCAAGACACAAGUCCUCAUGUCAUCAGUACUUUAGUGAAGAACUGUAAUUUUCUCUGGUGCCAGUAAAUACAGUUGCCAGAAAUUAGUCCUAGUAUAACUCAGCUCUUUUUUAAAAUCCCGAUGAGCAUGCUUCAGGAAAGUACAUUGAACAUUCAUAGAGAACAAGUCACAUAUUUUUUGAUUUUUACUGUUGACAUACUCUGGAUCCUCAGAAAUACAUAAACAGGAUGUGAAGGACAAAUAACGUGACACUAUGAAUGCCAUGAAAUGCUUCAUGUUUAGAAACACUUCUUGCUGUCUGUCACUUGCCAUUCAAACCAGAGGGAUCAUUAUCUUUCUCACCUAUGGCAGGCAGUGGUGACAACUUCGACAUCAUGCUAGUAUGAAUCCAAAAUCAGAAUUGAAAUUAGGCACAAAAGUCUUUACUAGUAGGCUUGAGCAGUGAUUACUAGUGUGACUUUUACGUUUAAGGACUUUUGCACUGCUUUGAGGAAGAACUCACAGAUGAAUCAGUAUGUCUUCAGCCAGUGGUCCUGUAAAAGUGAACGGAAAAUCCUUAGAGUGUCUGCAGCCUGUUUUUGUUGAGUGUGAAGAAUGCUUCUUAGAUUCAUAAUUUUUUAUACUAUCUUGAAAUUGUACAUGUGAAUACAGUACUAUUAAAAUUAAGUGGUAUGGAGUGUGAAAGGCAAUACAUGGUUUUUCUAGGCUGGCCCAAAAGCCCAUUAAAAAGCCUGUGGCGUUGUUUACACUAAGAAAUUCUCUGUCUUAUAUUAGCACUUAUUUGUCCUUUGAAUUAAUGUACACAACAAUUGGGGGGGGUCUGGAAUUCACAUAUGCAUACAUUUAAUGCAGUAUUACAAUAUGUUUGCUAUUUAUCCUUUCUAAUGUGUGUACAUAUUACAAUUUAUUUUUGUCUUUUAUGUGCCCUGUUUAGUUUUUACUUAUGAAGUGUAAGUAUUUCUUUUUCAGGCAAUAAAAGGUCUGUGUAGAUGUGAUUUUUACCUCAGAACCUGCAGUAGAUUCUUGUGGAAUGUUUUUAGUUUAUAAAAUUGAAGGAUGUUGUUUUAGAUGUCAACCUAAAGGCAGGAAGGCAAUUUGGUGGCUAAAAUUUGAUUUCCCUCUUUAGUGAUAUUUACAACAAGACCAGGUUUGCAUAAAUGGGGUGGAUUAUUUUAGUAGGAGCACUUCUAGUAACAGCAGAGUGCUUUCCAACAGCUGGCACUCUAUUAUUUUUAAAGAGAUUGACAAACUCUUUUUUAAAAAUUAUAGAUUUAUAUGACUGUUAGAAUCACUUACAUUUUAGUAAAAAUCUAAUGACGUACAGACCCCAAAAUAUCAAUAACCAAAUAAAAUAACCAUCUACAUGCUUGUAGCAAAGAAAAGGAAGCAGCACCUUCCUUUUUUAAUGGAAUCAAUAAGAGCCAUUAGGAUUCCAUUUGCAGAAAACAGUUUAGCUUCUGUGAGGCCCAUCAUUUUAUAAAUAUAGAAACACCACUUGGACAUCAAGGAAGCAGUGAAAAUGUAUUCUUUAGCACUAAAUCAUACAAGAAUGGUCAGGCCAUUAGAGCUAAGGUUUGUCAGCAGUUCUGGUAGAAUCCUAAUUUUUAUUUUUAGAAUUUGAAGAGUAAACUUAAAACUUACACUAGCACUUAAUAAAUAGUUCUGCUUGAAAUUUUUGCUGUUGUUGCCAAAUUUAGAAAUGUGUGUCCAAAAUUCUAUAAAGGCCUACUAUGUUGACUUUGAAGUAUAAAACACAGUAUUUCACUUCAAAGGAAACAAGUGGAGCAAUUAAAUAGACCUCAGUGUUGCCUUAAUCACUUUUUGAAACAUUUGAAAGCAGCCAAGAUACUAAAGACAGAAAGAUAGCUGUUGCACAGGGAGAAUAACUUGGACAAAGGUAAGGUCAGACUAUAUGAACUUUAUAUAAGAGAAUAGCUCCACUGACAUGCCAGGGUACAUAUGGGUUACACAAACUAAAACUUUGUUAAACUCUUAGGAUGAAGUGAAUUAAUUGACUUUGCAAGAAGGCAUUCCUCUAUACUAGGCCUGGAGCAUGGACGGAAAGACAUGUGCCACCUUCUCACUUUAAGAGUUAAAACGCAAAGAUGAGGACACAACUUCUGGCUCAGACUUCCUCAAGCUGCAUUUUGCCAUAAGACAUGAGGAUACGUAGGUGAGGUAUCAUUUAGGCUUUCCCUAUCCUCCUUCUGGGUUUGGGGUUUUUUUUAAGUAUUCACUACACACCAUUGCUUGAUGCAGGAUGCUAGCCUGGGUAGAGAUGCUGAGCUAAUCUUUAAUUUCUUACGUAAAUUCUUAUUAUUUUAAUGAUAAAUAAUUAGAUGCAUUCUUUGGCCCACAAUUUAGCAAACUACUUAAGCAAAUUUAUGUAACUGGACAAAAAGAGUUGCCUUUAUUGGAACUUAUGUAAAAAUGUAUACUUGCAGAAUUAGAACUAUAAACUAUCCAUUGUGUAUUGUACCCACAUACAGACUUAGAAUUGUAUGUACUAUUUUUAUAUUCUAAAUAUCAACUGGCAGAGAAAUGACAGCUGUAAAGUGUUAUCCAUGCAAUAAAAAAUAACAAGAUUUUGAUAUGUCACUAUGUGCAGUGAAGCAAAUUUGCUUUACCUUAUUGAGCUGCCUGAGGUCAGUUUCUGCUGUAUCUCCUAGUCCUCUGUAUUGAUGAUUUCAAAUGUCUUCAAGUUGCUACAACAGGCCUUUGGAAAUAAUAUGUCACGUACCUAACCACCUAUGGUGCUGCACGCCUGUUGGAAGGGAAAAAUCAGGGUAAGUAAGUCCUGAGAAACUCUUGAGUGAGUAAACCUUGAGGAAAAAAAUAAAAAUAUGUAAAAAAGGCAAAGAAAAAAAAUAACACUUUCCAUGCAAUGCAUAGUACAGUCCAACUGUCUAAAAGGGAUCAAUGUGUUAAUUUUUAUCAAGUUGGACAAAUGAUUUAAAUGUCAUCUACAACAUAUGACAAAUCUUACACACAUAUUUAUGUUCCCCAGAGUCAGAUACGAAUUCGGAUGUCUGCAUGCACACAAAGAGAAAAUGAGUAGCUUGAAGUAGUGGUUUCUGAAAUGACCUCAUAUAUCACAUUCAUCAGUAGGAUUAUGCAUCGCAGCAUGUUGCUGUGGGUGCAGAAGAAUGGAUGCUUAAUCAAAUCCUAAUAUCUUCACAUAACAAAUUGAAAUGGUUCUAGAAUGUCUCUCGUCUCUCUUCUUUCAGGUAAUGCAUAUUAGUCCUUAUAACUGAAAUUAGUUGUUUCAAAUGAAAAGUAUCUGAAUUUCCUUGAAUUGUGAUAUAUGUGUUGACUCAACAAAUACCAAAAAAAGUUAUUUCAGCUAAAUACCAUUUUGACUGGCAAUUUGAAACAAGGUGGGACCAGCAGCAGUGUCUCUUCAAAAAUCACUGAAAGUAUUCACAGCCAUUUGUAGGUCCACAAGAUUGUAUUUAUUUGUUGGGUUUAGGAUUUACCUACAGUUGUGCAUGUCCCUGGCUGUGGUGAGCUUUACCAACCUCUGAUGUGGUGUGGGACAGGGUGGCCGCACGUUCUCCUUUGGCCACACUGAGCUGCUCUUAGAGAAGCACCACAACCUCAGUGUUGAUGUGUAAAAACGGUAUUGCAUGACCAUUUUUUUUCUUUACUUGAAAACUAAAUGAAAGCUGUGAAACAAAGGGAUUAAAGUGUCCCUGAUAUUACAGAAAUUAGACCUCUCCUUCCAGGUGAGGUUAGUGCUUUGUUUCCAGCAGAGAUGCUUCAACCCAGAUCUGUGACUAGUAAUACUACAGCUACACCAGAGAAUUUGUUUCAAACUAGCUGUCACUUAACCUGAGUAUAAAUAUAGUCUGAGCCACAAUUUUGUAUCAUCAUAAAAUGGGAGGAAGAUCCAGCCAGCACAGACUAAAAACAUCUAUCUAGUCUGGCAGCCUGGGAAUCAAGCGAAACCCCCUCCUUGGCUGCAGCUGGCAGUGGGUUGGAGCCAGGGUAGGGAGAGCCAGGCUCUCACCUAGGUACCUGGCAGACUGCACCAGUAGGACAGGUCUGGCUGAGCACUGCCAGCAUCCUAAGUAGAGGCUACAGUAUGAGCCCGUGUCUUAAUGUCUGUUAACGCUUUAAUGAUAAAGUAAACAAAGCUAAAAGCCACAUUUGCAUUAAAUUGUCAGGUAUACCAGAACUGCGUCUUUUAAUGCUUUCACAUCAUCUGUAUUUAUUCAUAUCUCAAGGAGUUAAGACCUGGGAUGCUGCUGUAAACUAAAAUAAAGACAUACUCAGGGUGAAAAACAGAAUAAACUUGCUUCCUGCCUUUAGGAGCUCCCACAUUUAGCUCCAUUAUUGUUGCUAUCUUUAUUCUUAUUGUACAAAGCUCAGUGCAAUGCUCACUGCUGGGACCUAGCUUUUGAUGAACAAAAAAAAAGCAAUUCUGAAAAAUUUUUUUAGGUUGAUAUUAAAAUAUUUUGAGGAUCAAAUUAAAAGCAAAGUCAAAUCCCUGGAAUAGCUUAAAGCUUCUAUUUAACAGACAUUGGGGGGGGGAACAAACCAAAACCAAACCUUAUGGAAGUGUAUCUAUAUAGAGAAAGGGACAAAUGGAGUAAAAAUAACAUAUUUCACUGUAAUGUUUUGACAGGUUUCUAUUUAUUAACUUUAAUGAUGAAUAAGGUCUUGUUUCACUUUGUCAGUGUUACCAUCUUGUUUCAGGAUUUUAAUGGAACUAGUGAUCAUAUGAACUAGAUACAGCAUUUCACCAAUAUUUCAUUAUUUUCUAGAAGAUAAAUACUGCAUUGGAUAGGAACAAAGAAAGUAAUGGUAUUCUCUGUAUCUCCUUGUUCAAACUUUAAUUCUUUAUAUUUAAAAAGUCUUGCAAUACUAUGUCAAAAUUAACCACAUUUGAACAUUGUUAUAAUACAGUAAAAUGUUGCUGAACAUAUCUUCUCUUCAUUUCACUACUUUGUGUGGUGGUAUAUUGAUUUGUAAACUUGUAUAAAUUUUGGAAUUAAAGAAAUACUGUGUUUUGGACAAUUAUUUUAGCUGGUGUGAUUUGAAACAAAAAGAUACCAAUGGCUGGUUUGAA